AUGUCAGUGUUGGUAUCGGCAAAAAAUAGUUCACGGAGUAAUUGGUCAGAUAUUAAUUGUGACGAAUUUGAUGAAAUUUAUAACAUUCAGAAUAACUUUUUAUGGCAGCAUCGUGGCGAGAGCUAUGUUUUGUUGUUGUACGGCCUGGUAUGCGUUUUUGGAACAUUAGCUAAUUUAAUUGUUCUCAUUGCAUUCUUACGAACUUCGCAUAUACGUAAUUUACGCAACUACUUUAUUGCAAAUUUGGCUGUGUCAGAUCUUUUACUAUGUGUUAUCACCGCACCUGUCACACUUUAUCUUACAAGAAAUCUGUUUUGGCCAUUUGGCAAUUUUGCUUGUCAAACGUUAGCUUCGGUGCAAGCUGUAAAUAUGUUUGUAUCGUGCAUGACACUUGUGCUAAUUGCUAUGGAUCGAGUUUUAUUAACUUUGUGUCCUAUUAAAUGGCAAGUAUCAAUUCUCAUUGACAUGACACGUAUUUAUGCUUUAGAACGGCUUUUAAAGAAGUUUGCUGCAACAGCUCCAAUCAUAUGUUACUGUAUCGUUUGGCUGACAUCACUUGUGAUUGCAGCACCUUACUUUUUUGCUGUUGCUGCUGAAGAUGUGAUGCUUGAACCGUGGAAUCAACCCUACAUCGAUGUUAUGCUUCAUAUAUGUGGACGUAAGCGACCGCAGACAUGUAUCGAAAAGGCUUGGCAUCGAUUGCCUUUCUCAAGGCGUACAUACACACUUUCAGUACUGGCCAUACAAUAUUUGCUUCCAGUUACAGCUUUAGCAUUUAGCUACUCACAAAUUGGUUCCGCCAUCCGUAAACGUGUGAAAGCGAGCACAGCGAUUGAUCAGCAGCGUCGACAAGUUAUGAUUCAGAGAAAUAGAAAAGCUUUACUAUUGCUGAUACUAUUAGUAUUGAUUUAUGCAGUAGCAUGGUUUCCAAUGAAUGCUUAUAAUGUCCUCAAUGUCCUCGAAGUAAUCGAAUUCUCUCAAUACAGCAGGACGUUUUACCAGCAGCCGCCGCCUUAA